CAAAAGUAUUCAGAUAUAGGUGUGAACUGCAAAGACUCAGAGUUCCUACUACCUUCAGAGUUGCCCUAAACUAUCUCCAUGGAUUUUCUUCUAGCUUCCCUGAUGGUUGCUCUAGUACUUGUUCUAGGAACUCUUGCCACCCAAGGAGAAGCCAGGGCAUUCUUUGUAUUUGGUGAUUCACUUGUUGAUAGUGGAAACAACAACUACCUGUUAACCAGUGCUCGCGCCGAUACGCCGCCUUAUGGCAUCGAUUAUCCGAGUCAUCGAGCCACUGGCCGGUUCUCUAAUGGGCUUAAUAUCCCAGACAUUAUCAGUGAGCAAAUUGGUGAGGAGUCUGUACAGCCCUACUUGAGCCCUGAGCUUACAGGUGAUAGACUACUUAAUGGAGCCAACUUUGCUUCUGCUGGGAUUGGAAUUCUUAAUGACACUGGAAUCCAAUUUGUAAACAUAAUUAGGAUGCCAAAGCAACUUGAGUACUUCCAGCAAUACCAGGAAAGAGUGAGUAUGCAAAUUGGAGCUGCCCAGACACAGCGGCUAGUGAACCAGGCACUUGUUCUCAUUACUGUCGGUGGCAAUGACUUUGUUAACAACUACUACUUGGUUCCUUACUCAGCAAGAUCUCGUCAAUUUUCUCUUCCUGAUUAUGUUCGCUAUGUCAUCUCAGAGUACAGAAAGAUUCUACUGAGGCUGUAUGAUUUGGGAGCUCGUUCUGUUCUUGUGACUGGAACUGGGCCACUGGGUUGUGUUCCAGCUGAGAUAGCACAGCGGAGCCCAGAUGGGUCGUGUGCUGUUGAGCUGCAACGAGCAGCUGGCCUCUUCAACCCUCAACUUGUCCAGAUGGCAAGCCAAGUCAACAGGGAGAUCGGUACAAAUGUGUUCUUUGUUGUUAAUGCGUAUCGGAUGAAUCUUGACUACAUCAAUAACCCUCAGCGAUAUGGCUUUGUAACAUCGAGGAUAGCAUGUUGUGGGCAAGGGGCAUACAAUGGAAUUGGACUCUGCACAGUUCUUUCAAACCUGUGUCCAAACAGAGAUAUAUAUGCAUUCUGGGAUGCUUUCCACCCAAGUGAGAGAGCAUGCAGGUACGUCGUCCAACAGAUCCUAAGAGGAACCUCAGAUUACAUGUACCAUGGGAACCUAACUACCAUCUUGGCCACCAUUGAUUCCAGAGUUUCUGCACUUGCUUCCAAGACCUAAAUUAAGCUCAAAAUCCAUUUUUAAAAGCCAAUUACUAGUCCACAUAUCUUCUUUCAUGUUUUCCUUUAAUAUAUAGUAUUGUAAUUGUCGAAGCUGUGUCAAGUGUUUUUGAGUGUGAGUCAAGCUGUCAUGCAUUCAGAUUUUAGUUUGUCAAUUGUGUGAGGAAAGCUAGUGGUUUUCCUUGUGUCCACAUUAUUAUUUGUUGUCUAUGUAUUAGAUGAUUAAUGGAAGAUUAUAUUUUUCAAA